AUGGGGACAGACAAGAAUCCCUACUUUGACGGCCAUAAACUUGUGGCAUCCUCGCUGUGCUUCCAGAAGUUGUUGCCGCGGAAGGCUUCCGGGCGUCAGAAUGACAGAAAGAGGGGGAGCAUCCAACUAAGCAGUCAACGCACCAGAUAUGCAAGUGACGUAGCCUAUGCUGGUUUCGAGCCGCAGGCGCUCAACCUUGGCUGCUAG